CCUAAGAUCAGAGGCCAAAAUUCCUUCACAUAGCGUAAGAUCAGAGGCCAAAAGUCCUUCACAGAUUCAUAGAUCAGAAGCUAAAAGUCCAUCAUAUAGCCUAAGAUCAGAGGCCAAAAGUCCUUCACAUAGCGUAAGAUCAGAGGCCAAAAGUCCAGCACAUAACCUAAGAACUGAGGCCAAAAGUCCUUCCCAGAGCCAUAGAUCAGAUGCCAAAAGUCCUUCACAUAGCGUAAGAUCAGAGAUCAAAAGUCCUUCAAAUGGCUUUCAAUUAGAGGCUAAUAUACCUGCGCGAAGCCUAAAAUCAGAGAACAAAAGCCCUUCACAUAGCCUAAGAUCAGAGGACAAAAGUCCUUCACAUAGCCUAAGAUCGAUUGCUAAGAGCCCUUCGAAAAGGGAAAUGUCAGCGAAGGAGAGCCCUACACAUAAUCUAAGAUCAAAG